AUGGAUACUUACAAAAGAGCUGAAAUUAUCGCAUCUCAUCCGGUUGCUACUGCAAAAUUUUUUCAUUUAUUGAUUUCCAACAUUUUAAAUACUAUGAUUAUUGGUGGUGUUCUUGGAUCAGUAAAGGCUUAUUUCGGUACUGUUGAAAGUCAAGGUCGAGGUUCACUUCAUUUGCAUCUCCUUAUUUGGCUUGAUCAUGAUAUGAAACCAGCCGAUAUGAAAGAAAAAAUUCAAGACGUCAAUUUUCGUGAGAAGUUAAAAGCAUACUUAGAGGACAUCAUCAAAGAAGAUUUAGAUGAUUUCAAAGAGAAACAUGCCUUUGAAUAUUCAAACGUACCAACAUCAUUCAAUACUCCUACAAGAUUAUCACAAGAUAAUAUUUAUGCCGCUUUACGUACCAUUGAUUUAACAGGUUUAGCACAAAAUAUAAAUAAAUCUCCUGUUUGGUCGACACCAAUCAAGCAACAACUUUCUCCGUCAAUUCCUUAUGCUUCACCCUCAAUUCCUUACGCUUCUCCAUUAUUGAAUAAAUCGUUACGGACACCAACACAUGAUCGAUCAACAUCUAUUAUAAAUGCUUCACAAAAUGAAACAAAAUUAAUUCCAGCUUGCUUACCAACUCCAAAUCCAUCAUCGCCUAAUUUUGCAGCACGCUUUCGUGCAGAUGUGGUACAACUUGUGGAAACAGGCAACAAGCACAAGCAUAGUGACACAUGUUACAAGUAUUCUAAUCCUAAACAAGGUGGCAAGAAAAGUUGUCGAUUGCGUAUGCCACGCAAAUUGGUGCCAGUCUCGACAAUUGAUCCUGAUACUGGCCAUAUUUCUAUGCGACGAUCAGAUCCAUGGAUUAACAAUUUUAAUGAAUACCUUAUUGCGGCUUGUCGAUCCAACAUGGAUGUCAAAUUUAUUUGGAGUGGUAGUGAUGCAAAGGCUCUCGUUUAUUAUAUUACUGAUUAUGUGACAAAGAUGAGUCUCUCUUUUCAUGAUACAUUUGCUCUUGUACAAAAAAGCAUUACAUCAUAUAUGAAUCCAUCGCAUCAAACAGGCAAAGUAGAUGCAAUUGAAAAAUCACGGAAACUCGUUUUACGAUGUUAUAAUACACUUGCUUCUCAACAAGAGCUAUCUGGAGUUCAAGUUGCUUCAUAUCUUAUGAAUUGGGAUGAUCAUUACACAACACACAAGUUUCAAGGCGUUUAUUUAAUUCAAACCGAACGGUAUUUACAAACGCAGUUGAAUGAAUUACGCUCCAAACAAAAAUCCGAAGAUGUAACCGACGAUGAUGUAUAUGAUGAUGGAGCUAUUGAUGAUGAUAACAAUAACGAAGAACAUUUUCAAAUUCAAUCGACUGAAAAUGAUAAAAAAUACGUACUCAUCAAUACAAGAACUGAUUAUCAAUACCGCUCCGAUAUUCUGAAUGAUAUGUGUUUAUACGACUUCGUCAGCGCACUGUAUAAGAAAAAAGCGAAUGCAGCAGAUUUGAAGUAUUUAUCCGAAGCUGCAGCAUCGAUGAACAACAAGAUUAACGAAAAAGGUCGACCACGUAAUCAACGUUAUCCUUUCCAAAAGCAGCAUCCACAAACAUCAACACAUCUCUUGAUGGAAUAUAGUGAGCACCAUGUACCUGUUCUUUAUGGUCCACAAAUUCCUCGACGGGAUCGUGACGAUACUCGAGAACGAUAUAGUCGAGCUCUUCUCACACUUUUCGUACCUUGGCGCACUGUCACAGAUCUUUGUGACAUCAGUCAAACAUGGGAAGAUGCUCUUAAAUCUCGACAACAUCAUAUUUCCAUUCGUUCAUGGAAGAUCAUAGAAAAUAUUCAACUUUUACAUGAAUGUAAAAAAGAUCGCGAUGAGCAUUUACUUCAAGUUAUUACUGAAGCUCAAACGGAUAAUGGUACUAUCAUCGAUCCCGUUUUUUUGCCUGCAAAUCAACACAUUGAUGGCGAAUAUGACAUGGACCAUAGUGAAGACUUAUUAGAAUUAAUAGGCAAUAUAGAUGAAUACACAACUGCAGUGAUUAAUGCCACAAAAAGAUCAACAGAAAAUAAAUAUAUCGAGGAAGCUAUUGAAGCAGUCGAAAGUGUUGGACGAUUUAAUCAUAUAAAUACUCACCGUCAAUCUUCUUUAGAUGAAAUUAUCGAUUCCGGGAAUCAACAACUUGUACCGUUCAUUUGUGCAACGCCAAAUCUUAUUCGAUUAAAUACAAAAUGGCAAGAACAACUGAAGACUGAAAAAGAACGAGUCAGAAAAGGUUUAAUUACAGGCACCUACGCCAAUGCAGAUGAUACAUUAGAUUUACAUGCUGCAAAAGAUGCUGUUGUAACAGUGUAUAAAGUAGUUUCAGGUGAUAAUAAUGGUCAACUUAUAAUGUGCAUACCUGGAUGUGGCGGUACAGGCAAAUCACAACUUAUUCGUGCUCUCAGCAAAUACUUUCUUGUUACGAAAAGAAUGCAAAUGAUGCGAAAGCUUGCACCCACUGGAAUUGCUGCUGCUGAAAUAGGUGGUAUGACAAUUCAUUCAUUUUUGGGUGAACAACGUAAUUCCGGAAAGCCACGAACUAUCAAACCAGGUGAUUUAAAACUUGAAAAAGAAUGGAGACUCGUCGAAUAUUUAUUAAUCGAUGAGAUGAGUAUGGUUGGCUUAAAUUUACUAGCAAAACUUAAUCGAAUUAUUUGCUCUGCAAAACAUGUUGAUCCUCAAGUUCCAUUCGGUGGUGUGAAUGUUAUCUUCUUUGGUGACUACUUACAAUAUCGACCUGUUUAUGAUGCACCAUUGCACACCGAUUUUUCAUUACCAUCUAAAGAGAAAUUGGGUAAACUACCCACAGAAAAAGAAAUUCAACAACGUGUUGCACGUUCUUUAAUUCUUCAAAUUAAUUGUGUGGUAAAACUUACUCAACAAAUGCGAACAGAAGAUCCACGGUAUCUUCAGUUGCUUGAAAGACUUCGUCAUGGACAAUGCAACUAUGACGAUUAUGAAUUAUUAUUGACACGAGUUAUUGGACAACCAUCAGUAGGCUCUCUGCAUGAUUCACCUUGGAAUAAAGCCCCGAUCCUUGUGUUUCGAAAUGAAGUACGAACACAAUUGAACAACAAGGCAGCAAUUCACAACGCAAAAGAAAUGGGACAAAGACCCAUGGUAUGUGUCGCACAAGAUACUUGGAAAGGCAAACCAAUUGAAGAUCCGACACUCAUUAAAAAAUUGUUAGAGUUAUCCGAUAGCAAAACUGAGCAUUUACCAGGUCUGUUGCCUUUUGUUCCUGGAAUGCCUGUUAUAUUAACACAAAACAUUGCUAUUGAAUUGGGGCUUAUUAACGGAACGAAUGGAAUUUUUCGACAACUUGUGUAUGAAGAAGAUUCUGUGUCAACAGAUAUUCUUUCGGAAACAUUUCCAAACAACACACAAUACAUUCAUCGACCUUUAUAUGCAUUAGUUGAAGUUCUCAAAUCGAAGAUUGAUUAUAAUCUUGAACAACUUCAACCAAAUCUCGUUCCGAUACCAUUAAUGGAACAAACAUUUCGAAUUGAUAUUGCUGAUGUUUUACCAAAAGAUAAGAAACCAAAAUCAAAUCGAAAGGCAAUUUUAUCAAUAAAGCGGCGUGCACUACCACUCGUACCUGCUUAUUGUAUUACGACACAUAAAAGUCAAGGCCAAACUUUAAAUAAUGUUGUAAUUGAUUUGAAACUGCCAAAUGAAACUGAUGACAUUGCUGCAAUUUAUGUACCACUAUCCCGUGUAAAACGCUUGGCUGAUUUGGUCAUUUUGCGACAUUUUGAUUACAAGAUUUUAUCAAUCAAGCCAAUUGUUAUUGCUCUUCUAUCGUUAUCAUCGGCUGAAUCUGAUAUUCCAACAUGCUUUCAAGAAAUUAUUCAUCCCUUGCCGGAUGGACCCGUAAGGUAUCAAUAUACCCGAAUUGACCAAUAUCUGUAUCGCGGCAAAAUGACCUAUUUGGCGAGUAGCCGCUGUUGUGACCGAAUGAAUCCUCUUUACGACGCAGAAUGUACUUAUAUUUGUGCUCCUUCAGGUGGUUUUACAGGUCGGGGUGAUGGUGAAUGCACGGAUUUCACUGAGCCGGCAACGUUUNAUAGAGCUCCGAUUCUUGUGUUUCGAAACGAAGUUCGAACACAAUUGAACAAAAAGGCAGUAAUUCACAAAGCAACUGAAAUGGGACAAAGACCCAUGGUAUGUGUAGCUCAGAACACCUGCAAAGGCAAACCAAUUGAAGAUCCAACACUCAUUAAAAAAUUGUUAGAAUUAUCCGACAGCAAAACGGAGCAUUUACCAGGUCUUUUACCUUUUGUUCCUGGAAUGCCUGUUAUUUUAACACAAAAUAUUGCUAUUGAACUGGGUCUUAUCAAUGGAAUGAAUGGAAUUUUUCGGCAACUUGUCUAUGAAGAAGAUUCUGCAUCAACAGAUAUUCUUUCGGAAACAUUUCCAAACAAUACACAAUACAUUCACCGACCUUUAUAUGCAUUAGUUGAAAUUCUUAAAUCGAAGAUUGAAUGUAAUCUUGAACAACUUCAACCAAAUCUCGUUUCGAUACCGUUAAUGGAACAAACAUUUCGGAUUGAUAUUGCUGAUAUUCUACCAAAAGAUAAGAAACCAAAAUCAAAUCGGAAGGCAAUUUUAUCAAUAAAGCGGCGGGCACUACCACUCGUACCUGCUUACUCUAUUACGACGCAUAAAAGUCAAGGCCAAACUUUAAAUAAUGUUGUAAUUGAUUUGAAACUACCAAAUGAAAAUGAUGAUAUUGCUGCAAUUUAUGUACCUUUGUCGCGUGUAAAACGUUUGGCUGAUCUGGUCAUUUUGCGACAUUUUGAUUACAAGGUUUUAUUAAUCAAACCAAGUAAAUCUCAACUUGCCGAAAUAGAAAGACUAGAUAAAUUAUAUUCAGAAACACAAAAGCAUUUUUCUGAGUGGUUUUAA